AUGGCCUCCUAUGCAUCUGCAACACCAAAUAAUUCUUUAAAACAUGUUGAAUGGAUGUGGAAAGCAAAUCCAAAUCCAUUUUCAUCAUCCGAGCCAACCAUAUGGAAUCAUUAUUCGGAUUUAGAAAACUUAAUCAUCGAAGAAGCAUUUCAAAGCAAACAACAACGAGCUUUAUUGGAUGGUUAUUAUAUUGAUUUCGAAAGUAAUCUGCAAAUAUCGAACACUGAUGAUUAUAGGCAAAGACUAAUAAAACGAGUCGUGCGCGAGCGACAAGACAAACAUCUACGAGAAACACGUUUUAUGGACCUUCCUGUUAGUACUGAACGUUCGUUUGGUGGUCAAUACGGUUGGACAAGUCCCUUCGUCAUCGAAGUCAGAAGAGACCUGAAACUUCAACCAGAUGAUUUACCUUCAAAAAAGCCAAACAUGAUUCCGAUGCUUAUUGAAAAAGCUGCUUGUGGUAUUGUUGAAGAAGGAAAACACAUUGG